AUUUUAUUUUGACAAUAUCUGUGAUAAAAUGUAAUGUGUUGAUCAAUUGAAGAAAUAAAUAGAUUAAUUAAAUAUUAAAGUAAAUAAUCAUGAUCGGAAUAUUAUGAUAUAGAUAAAAAGCAAAAUGACGACUGACAAUAUUUUGCAAUUGCCUAUUGAUAUCUUAGUAAAUAUAUUUAAGCUAUUAAAUAUAAAGGAUCUUCAUAAUGUAAUGUUAACUUGUAAGCUUCUAAAAGAUCUAAUAAAAAAUGAUAAUACAAUAUGGAGACACCUCUCGCGAGAUAAGUUAAUUAUUGGUUAUUCAGAUAAAAGACGGCCAAAUGAUUUAUGGUACAAUCGCUGCAGAACUUCACAAAACUGGUGCAAUGGGUAUUAUAGAAUUAAGCUGGUUAUUAAACAUUACACAAACUACAUGCCAUGGCUAACAUUUCAUAAUUCUGAAAUCCUACUGGUAUCAGUUGGUUCUGAACUUCAGUGCUACCCUACAAACAGAAAAGGUACACCAAAUUGCAGAGAAGCUCUAUGGAAAGUUGAAGUACCUAAAAUACCAAGGCAUGAUGUGAGGACCAAUGAUAUAUCCAGGUUUAUCAUUAAAAAUGAUAUUAUUGCAUGUGGAAAUAGAGAUGGCUGUUUAGCAGUGUACAAACUGAACAACACAAGAAAACGGCCAUGCCUACAGUAUCAUGUGCAGGAUUGUCAUAAAAAGGGUGCAGUAGAGGUAUCAGCUGUUGAAGUAAUUGAUGGGAGAAAUCAAACCAUUGUUGUUACUGGUUCUAGUAAUAGUUCUGAUUUACAAUUUUAUGGCCUAAAGAAAGAAAGUGAUAAUAUUACUUAUAUUUGUAAAGGCAAUGAUAAGAAUUUAUUUAAUAUCUCUCUGUAUGAAACUGCUGGCACAAAAUGUAUGGCUCUUAACAGUACAUCAGACAAAUUAGCAAUAGGUCUCACUGGCAACAGUAGGCCUAUUUUGCUUGAUGUCAAUAAUCCCAGAGUAUUGAUGGCGGCAGAUGCGACAAAGAAUCGUAAAGAAGCAGUGCGGGACAUCCAAUGGCAUAAUGAUAACACCUUAUUGUAUGUCACACAUGCAGGGAACCUACACUUGUUAGACAUAAGAUCUCAUGAACUGGUACAGUUUUUGUGCUUUUUUUGCGUGUUUGUGGGAUAAACUACAAACAAACAGACAGAUCACAUUAUCCACCUGGUAAACAUUGAUUAAAAACCUAAGUGUUUAAAAAAGGAGUAUGCUCUCUUCUUGAAGGUGUUUAUAUGAUGUUGGAUCAAAAUUCUGUACUUUGUGUGCUUGGUAUUCCUUAUGCUUAGGCAAAUUAAUAUCAGGUCUAUGAAUCUUAAUAUUUUAUACUCACUGAAUAAAAAUAAUAAGUCCAAUAUGCUGCAUAUUGUGUAAUUUUUAAUUUUGUCUACAGGUGUAUCAUACAUGGGAUCCCUUUAGAGCUGCGUUUUACUGUGUUAAAUCAGAUGGACAAUGCGCUGUGGUAGCAGGAUCGGCUGAGUACUCACGUUGCGUUUUGUUUGAUACGCGCAAACAAAUACAUCACACACAGAUGUUUUUUACGCAAAAGAAAGCCUCACCCGUGUAUAGUUUAGAUUUCGAUCCAUACCAGCUUAUUACAGCAAUAGAUCGAGGUGUUUCAGUUUUAGACUUCAAUAUAAAUACUUCUCUUGAAGAACCAAAGGACUAUUCCCAGGUUUUCCACUGACAG